CCUGGCCCUUGGCUCAGCCCAGCGCCGCUCCAGCUCGAGGAUGCCCAGCUCCCGACUGUGACCCGCGUCCUUCGCCCGGCCACUCCUUUUCCCUGAGAGCAAGCGUCCUGGGGCGCUUGUCUCGUCGCGGUGGCCUCUGAACCACGGCAUUCGUUAGAAGGAGCCGGGCGGGGACGCCUCUCGGGAUCGUACCGCGGCUCUAGCGCACCCGGGUGGUGGCACUGCUCUCGCGGGGCAGCUGCGGGGACGCGCGGAGGGGACGCCGCAGAGGGGCGCCUGGAAGGGUAGCGGCGGCGAGGGGCGCGGCGUCGCCGGAAGCUGGGGUGGGGGCACCCAGGCGCGAUGCAGUGAAGGGCGAGCGACGCGGCGGCGGCGAUGAGUGCCUCUGCGGCCACCGGGGUGUUCGUGCUGUCCCUCUCGGCCAUCCCGGUCACCUACAUCUUCAAUCACCUGGCUGCCCAGCACGAUUCCUGGACCAUUGUUGGGGUUGCUGCCCUCAUCCUGCUCCUGGUGGCCCUUUUGGCUCGGGUCCUCGUCAAAAGAAAACCACCGCGGGACCCUCUGUUCUAUGUGUACGCGGUGUUCGGAUUUACCAGCGUGGUGAACCUCAUCAUAGGCUUGGAGCAAGAUGGCAUCAUUGAUGGGUUUAUGACUCACUACCUGAGAGAGGGGGAACCAUAUCUGAACACGGCCUACGGGCACAUGAUCUGCUACUGGGAUGGCUCUGUUCAUUAUCUGAUGUACCUGGUGAUGGUGGCCGCCAUCGCAUGGGAGGAGAGCUACAGAACCAUCGGCCUGUAUUGGGUUGGCUCCAUCAUCAUGAGCAUUGUGGUCUUUGUGCCCGGAAACAUUGUAGGAAAAUAUGGAACACGGAUUUGCCCAGCGUUUUUCUUAAGCAUACCAUAUACGUGUCUUCCGGUCUGGGCUGGCUUCAGGAUCUACAGUCAGCCAUCAGAAAACUAUAAUUAUCCCUCAAAGGUUCUUCAAGAAGCCCAAGCGAAGGCCCUCCUGAGAAGACCAUUUGACCUAAUAUUGGUUGUGUGUCUUUUGUUGGCGACUGGAUUUUGCCUGUUCAGAGGCCUGAUUGCGUUGGACUGCCCAGCUGAGCUCUGCCGACUCUACACACAGUUUCAAGAGCCUUACCUAAAGGACCCUGCUGCUUAUCCUAAAAUUCAGAUGCUGACAUACAUGUUCUAUUCUGUCCCUUACUUUGUGAUUGCACUGUAUGGCUUGGUGGUCCCUGGAUGCUCAUGGAUGCCCGACAUAACGCUGGUCCACGCUGGAGGUCUAGCUCAGGCGCAGUUUUCCCACAUUGGUGCUUCUCUCCAUGCUAGAACUGCUUAUGUCUACAGAGUCCCCGAAGAAGCAAAAGUCCUGUUUUUAGCAUUAAACAUAGCAUACGGCGUUCUUCCUCAGCUCUUGGCCUAUCGCUGCACCUACAAUCCCGAGUUCUUCAUGAGAACAAAGGCAGAUGAGAAGGUGGAAUAAAUAUACCUCACGUUAUCUCUGGUCCUGUUACAUGGAACGGAUGCUCUACUUCAUUCCCUUCCACGAGAAUCAGACUCAUGCUCUGUGCUGUAGGUGUGAUGGGAAUAAUGGCAUGUGUAUGGUAUAUUCUCUUUGUUGAGGGAAACUGAAGGUGAACAACAGCCUGCUAAAGAAAUAUGUUAAAAACUGUCUGUGAAUGUGACCAUGGAUCUUAACAUUGCACAUACGGUGUGAAAGUUACAACUCCAGUGCCUACAAAUAGCACAGAAUCAAACUAUUCAGACGUGACUAACCAUAUUCACUAUGUACAUGAAAGAACUCAAAACAGCAAAUACAGGUUGAAGAAAUAACUUCUUCAUAUGAAAUGUAAGACUCAUUGACAACCUUAAUAUAAAUGCCAAAUCAGCAUAAUAUUCUUAAGUUGUUUGAAGUGUCUUCAUAAGGAAAGUACAUUACUGUUGUUUAAAAAAGUUGCUAUCCAAACUUCCAUUGUGAAUUUAAAUAGCUAAGAUGACACAAGUCGACCUUAUUAGUAGCCUUAAUGGAUACUUGUUUUACUGGUGGCUGGUAAUAUUUCUCUUCUCUGUAUAUUUUCAACAGAAUUAUUUUUGAUAUUUUAUGAAGACAAACUUUAUUAAAUUUGAAGCAUUUUAUGUAUACAUUUCAUGACAAAUUUUGAACUUUUUAUUUAAGAAAUCUGUCAUAUGUUCCAAUUUAAAAUGUUAUCCACAUUCUCCACAUGUUUUAGUGUGAUCAAUGAAGAGGUCUUCUGGCGAAUUUCAUUAAUUUUAGAAUAAAAUACUUAAAAUUAAAAAGUACCUUUUAAAGUAAAACCUGAUGUUGCAACUUGUCUCUUAAUGAACUUUCGGCAUUUGGAACUGUGUACGAACAACAGAGAAACCACUAAUUGCUAAAUGACAGAAACAAGUCGAAAGUACAGUAGCCUCCUCAGUAUGCCCUGAAGGGGUAACUCCCACAGCCCAGCAUCACCUUCAUCACCACACUGGGCUUUUAGAUCUUCACAUAUGUUGUCUUGAUGUUCAUUUGUUCUUCAAUAAAAUAAGAAACCAAAAGAAAGUGGGAUGCACAUAAGGCUGUGUGUAAACCCAGGGUCCACGGAGCUGCUGUGCUCUUAGACGUGCAGGCAGGUCACACUGUUAUUCCCUCCUGUCCCUCCCAGUGUUUUCAAUUAACCUAACAUCCAGAAUAGUUUAAAAGAAAAAGAUAGAAAAAAUAAAAUCCUCACCUACACUUAAUUCUUAUGUCAAUUUUCUGUCAAUCUUUGCUUUAAUAUAGGAAUUACAUCAAUACUUCACAUUACACGUAUGAAGCCAAAUAACACUAACUCAGUUGUUUACAACCUCAAACCUUACUCCCAGUAUACAUUCCAAUAAAUUUAUUCUGUAAAAACAAUACAUUUUUUUGUUGUUUUUGAUUUUUUUUUACAGUAAACUUUUCAGCUACAAACCGCAAACAUACACGGAAGAUGUUCCAAGGACAAGCAUAACAGAGCUGAUGAAACUCAAACUGACUAAUGUGUUCUCACAAUAUAAGCUGGCAUAAAAAUAAAUAAGACUCUCUAUUAUCACAAUAGCGACAAUAAUGUACACAUAAUAAUCAUUUGUGGAUGAAAGUUAACUACUCUAAUUCUAGUUCCAAAAGAAAAGUUUAUGUUAAAAGUCUUUAUCAAGAGUCAAUGUUCUGUCUGUUUUCCACAGUGCUCCUGCUGAUUUCAGCUGUCAAGUGUACAGUCACUACCUUGAUUGAUUAGCUCAAAUCAUAUUGGCAUUGGGAAAAAAUAAAUCCUUGCUUUAUUUGGGUAUAACACAAAAGACUCACUAGGUUCACAUACACACUCAGGUUGUGCACACAGCAACAUGAGUUUUGAGAGCGUGAGUUUCACUAUCUACUUCUACUACAGACAGGAACUGUACAGUGAGGUUAAACUUUACACAUGGCCUUCAGACUGAGAGAUGACUUAACUCCACUCCAACAGACCAGCAAUAAGUAUCUAGGAGUUGGCUCUUGGGUUCUGUUAGAAAGAAAAUCCCAUCCUUAAGUAUUAUGUUGAGUAGUCAUCUAAAUAUAUGAAUUACUAUUUAACUGAGUAUUUGAUGAUGGUGGGGUAGAGGCAGGAAGCUGAUGAUCAAAACUGCCUUGGAAGAGGAGCCUAGACAUGGAAAA